AUGAUUCAAGCCGUCGACGAAGAAACUCAACUUCGAGCAUUUGUGCUAGAUCCAGCUAGUUUGGCCACCGCUGCAUCACUGGCUGCCCAAGUUUGGGAGACCGUCAUCUGGUUCCCUGAUGAGGUUGAGCAUCUGUGGAGAAGUGGUCAUAAUACUGAGAGUUCUCGCGCUUUAUAG